UGUGCGUGAAAAAGACCCGAGUGUCGAUCGAUCGGGUGGACGGUGCGAAAUUCGUGCCAGUUUGUUGCACCGACAUGGAGAUCUCGAGGGCUACGAUUAUAAACAACUUAAAGGGAUCGCCGUGUUUGACACCUGCCGAACAUCAGCGUUUCUGUGAAUUUGGCGAUGCAAAGCGUUGAUAUAACACGGAUCAAGGCAGCUAUGUGCCCUCAUCAGGGGAACCGAAUGGCCACUUCCCUCAUCCAACGCAAUGUUACAUUGUAACAACGAUCAAACGCGUUGCGUUUCAAAAGCGCGAACGUCGGACACAAAGUAUCCAACGGCGAUCGUGCGAUUAUCGCGUAUGGCUCUGUUAAUGACACGCCAGAGCAAUCUCGCAUCACGGGGGCUAGCAGGCUAGCCAGCUACUUUUAGUCUAUCUGACAAAACGCUGUGGGAAACCCGAGCGCAAACCCGUCUCAUUUGAAAAGUCUCCCCCGAAAACCCCUAGUUUAAGUAACGAAAGGGGUCGUGUGCACGCGGUGGGGGUAUUCUCCGUGAAAACGCACUGGCGGAGUUUGACAGGAGUGAGAUUUAUACUUCAUCUUCCCCAAAGCAAGAUGGACUCUCUUCGUGUGUCUGGCUUGUCAGAGCCCACAUCGACAUUUUGCACCGAGAUGCAAAACGGAGCACGAUUCGGAUCAGGGGUCAAACGAAGUGUGAAAUGAGCUCGAUGAUGGUCAGCAGCAGUAUGAAGGGCGGAGGUGGAGGGAAAGAGCCUCCGGUGGAGGGAGAGGUCAGCGGAAAGCGGCCCAAACGCAAGUGCCUGCAGUGGCACCCGCUGCUGGCCAAGAAAGCUCCUGACUUUUCUGAAGAAGAGGAGGAGGAGGAUGAAGAGGAGCUGGAGAAGGUGCCGGCCUUAUGUGCGGAGAGCGGGGUUCAGGAGGGUGAGUGUGUUGCGAUGGAGGAUGACAUUGAAGAGUUUUCUUCCGAGCAGCGGGCUCGCAGGCCAAUGAACGCAUUUCUGCUAUUCUGCAAACGACAUCGUUCGCUGGUUCGGCAGCAGCACCCGCGACUUGACAACCGGGGAGCCACGAAAAUCCUGGCGGACUGGUGGGCCGUUCUGGAUCCCAAAGAGAAACAGAAAUACACAGACAUGGCCAAGGAGUAUAAAGAUGCUUUCAUGAAGGCUAACCCGGGUUACAAGUGGUGUCCCGCCACAAACAAGCCGGUAAAGAGCCCCUCCCAUUCCAUGAGUACUCCCCGCAAGAAGGUCUGGCCUCUGCCCUCCAACCCUAACAAGGAUGCUUCCGUUGCCAAAAAACAGAAUAAAACUGAAGAUGCACCCCAGCUCAACUUCGCCAUGGCCGAUCCCACUAAGAUGGGCGGCCUAAGCAUGCUGCUGCUAGCCGGGGAACACGCCCUUACCGCCAGAGAGAUUUCCUCCAGCUCUUCCCAGACAGGAGACGUUGACGUUGCUAAGCACGCUGAGAAAUCGGCCCUUUUCCAGCUGGCUGAGUUAUCUUCCAGUCCAGAUCAGCCUGCUGUGGAAAGUAAGAAUACAGAAGAUAGAAGCACACUGACAGAUGUAGAGGCCUUUGGACCGUCUCAGCCGAACUCUCCAGACCUGCCCAAGAGUUGUGUUCAAUCUCCUUUGUUUCAGCUGGCUGAGCAGAUCUCCUCCAGCAGGUCUCAACCCAUGUCUGAGGGGCGGCAGUGCGGCCAAUCGGCACUUUUCCAGCUUGCUGAGAUGUGUUUGGCCUCUGAAGCAGAGAAGUUGGAAGCUCGUUCGUCUCAACCUUCAGGUGCUGCUGCUUCUCUCUGCGCUCAGCACAGCUCAAGUAGCACAGACAACCCAGACCACAAAGAGCACAGGGAUGGUCCACAGCAUCCUCUCACCACGCCGCCACCACCACCAUCAUCAUCCUCAUCUUCUGCCUCCACCUCCUCUUCCCCCACUGACACCAUCCCCUCUGAGCUCAGCCCUUCCAAAAUUCUUAAAAAGAAGAAAAAGAAGAAGGAAAACAAGGAAUCUGAUGAAACUGAGACGACUCAAGGAUCGCCCAAAAAGGUGAAGAAGCGUCAGUCGACCGACUCGGACUUAGACAGCGUUAUGUUCACUAUUGAGGCGGUUGCUAAAGGUGCUUGGGGAUCAGAGGAGACGCCCAAAAAGAAAGCUCGUCCCUCUGAAAGCGAGAGCAGCCCCGUCUUGGACCAAGCUCUGGUUGUGAAGAAGAAACCAAAACCCAAACAGAAAAAGCAAUUGAAGACGAAAGAAGAAGCCAUGGAGGAGGAAGAAGAAAGGGUAGAAGAGGCUAUCGAGAAGCUGGAUGAAGAGAUGAAAAUAGAGGAAGCUCCACUGACGCCAAAGGGGGCAGAGUGUGAAAAUAAGCCAGAUGUGAAAGUGGAGCCCCCUAGCGGUGUUGAAGAAAUAGCACCUCAGUGCUCUCCCUCACAGCCAGUCGGAGUGGAAGAGAAAGAAGCAGACACCGGUUUGUCUCCAGGCAGACAUGAGGAUAAAGAACCUGAGGUCAAGACGGAGAUCUCCGGGUCCAGAAAAUCAGAACGAAGCUGUAAAGGAGCGCUUUAUAAAACUUUGGUGUCUGAAGGGAUGCUAACAUCUUUGAGAGCAAACGUGGAUAGAGGGAAAAGAGGUUCAAUGCGAGGCAGCGUGUCUGAUCAUGAAGGCAGCUGGAAUGAUGAAAGUUGGGGGUUUUCUCAAACUGCUGCAAGCCCACCUAAAAAGCUGAAGAAGUCUAAAUCUAAAGAGGAAACCAUCCCUGGACUAGGUAAACUUGAAGAGGAGUUCGAGAAAAAGUUCAACAGCUUACCACAGUACAGCCCACUGACAUUUGACAAAAAGAGUGCAACUGUCACAAAGAAGAAAAAAAACAGUACGUCCAACCCUUCUGAACCGCCCAAACUAAGCAAGGGUUCAUCUUCAUCUCAGAAAAAGACUUUUUUCCACAAGAUAGUGAACAAGUACAAACAAAGGAAGGAGAAAUCCAGUGCUGCAGACAAAGACGUUGUCACACCUGACCAUGUGGUCACAGAAUCGUGCCCGGUUGUGAAGCCGGCCAGUCCAUGUGUGUCUCCCGAACCCGAGUCCCAGAAAGUUCUGGACACGCCCGUGGGGAGUCAGAAAAGGAAGGCGCGGAAAAAUAAAAUCACACACUUGGUGCGCACGGCUGAUGGUCGAGUGUCACCUGCAGAGGAGGAAAAAACUAAGGAUCAGACCAAGAAUCAGGAUGAAAAGCCAUUCACUCAAGAGACAUUAUGCAAUAGGGGGGCCUGCUACACUGACCCCAGAUCAGAGGAAGAGGACAGGGCAGAUACGUCCGGCAGCCUCCCGACCUUCUUCAGCUUAGCGGCCCUCGCAGAGGUUGCGGCCAUGGAGAAUGUGCACAGAGCCCAGCGUGCUGUAGGGAUUGGCACUGAAGGUCAAGUGAAGGACAUGGCCCCGGUGCUGAUUUCCUGUGCGGACCAGUGAGGUCUCAACUUGGACCACGCUGGAUCAAACCUGGUUUUUGGCCUGUGUACGGACAUGCCGAGGCCCCAAUUUUGACCUCGGGCCCCCUGAUGCCAGGGGGAUAGAGGGAAAGAGAGAAAGACUGCAAAUGGAUUAAGCAAGCUCUGAGAUGGAUGAAGAUGCUUUAUCCCAGAAGUCUUUACCUUGCACCCUUACCCACCCUCCCUCUCACCCCCUGAGGGAGCCAAGUCUGGGCCUCGAACCUUUGUUGGCUUCGGACCAGUAAUCAGACUUAACAAUCUGCAAGAAAUGGCUACUAUUUUAAGGUCAAGUUUUGCCUACAAAAAGUGCAUUUGAAGCACAUGCUCGCUCUCUCUGUCUUUCUUUCUGUUUUUUAUUUUUUCGUUUCUGGCUAGCUGCAAUGCACAAACAUCGACUUUGUCUCAAAAGGAAAUUUUGCGGCUUCCUGUCCCCUUUUCCUGCUCUAAAUCUGUGAGACAGAAAGAGAGUGAGUGUUGGUUUAUUAACUGCCCGACCUCAGCUUUAUACCUCACCCUGUUCGAUUUUGUUCUUUGCACAGAUCAGUCCCACCGUCACACGUACACAAUGAACAGUCAAUGCCUAGAUGCCUCUUUCUUUCAAUCAGUGACCCUCAAUGCGUUUGGUGCCUGUGUAGGUGAGAGGCAGUCAGAGGCAAACCACCUUUGAUUCUCACGCAGCAGUGUUUCACUAGGGGAGCCGGAUGUUUGUGCGCAAAUCUCUGUGGUCUCAAACGUGCCCACUCUUACUGACUGAAUCAUCUGAUGGAAAGCCAGUCGAACCUUUUAAGAUCUCGACACCCUGGCGCUUUCUGCUUUUUAUAUUAUUUGUAGGCCCAAGUGGAAUCUGGUGGCCUUUUUUUCAUUUUCUAUUUGUGGGGAAAUCAAAAGUGAGAGUGUUGCGCUUUCAUCGCUUUUCAUGCUAAUUAAAUUAGCUGAGGUAUUUCAUAAGCAAACUCACAAACUCUUAGACUCUCAUUCCAGUUUUUUGCGCACAGAUUCCUAUGGGCCUGGUUAUUGGAGCAGUGUUGCGAUACUUGAACGAAAAAAUGCAUUUUAUGUCAAUACUUGACCUUACCGCAGUGUGUAGCGUCUUGCUGGCUAAUCCAAACGAGUGCUACGCCUCUCUAAUAUAGUUUAAUAAUAGACACUGCACUAAUUUUUAGCUACAGUAGACAAGGCUUUUAGUUGACAUGUAAUAGCAAUUUUUUUGUUUUGUUUUUGUAUUAGUUUUGAUCUCAAAUGAGCUUUUGUGUAAUCACUGAGAUCCUCAGCCCUCGAUACCCGAGGCUGCAGGUGCCAUUCCAGCUUAUAGUUUAGUCCAUUCAAGCACAUGGUAAGAGUGAUUUGGAGGGAAAAUGAAAACCGGGAUUGAUGUAGAGAGGUUCCUGAAUCGUGGGAGUGCCAGCAUAGCAUGUUAUGAAAUGGCUCAUCUUGUGAGUCAGACCCAGUCUGGGACUUGGUCUGGUCUUUGAGCCAGAAUGUGUGCUGUGUGUCUGCGUUGGUGGAGUGUUAAAAAUCAUUUUCCUUAUCAGUAUUUUUGUCUCGUUUUCCACUUAACCUCCUUAUAAGCUAAUUAAAAGACGGUUUCAACAGACACGCGGGCGUUGCCACGGUUACGCACCUGGCCCAAUGUUACCUUCUGGUUUUUAUUUGUUUAGCAAUCUGGUUAGUAGCUAAACUGACUUUUGGAACAAAUAUCUGGUUGAAAAUAAAAAUGUUUAUGCAAGACGAGACAGCAUGGAUCCCUGCUUGACAGCCAGGCAAGAAUUUGUGAUCUGUAGCUAACGUUUUAUACAUUAAUUUUACACAGUAAUGUUAGCUUAGAUAUGCUUUAAUUAUGCUAAUUUAUUGGUUAUUUUUAAUCUACUCUGAAGAAAUUAUUUUGUUAUUGAUUUAUUGCUUUACCGUGGGUUCACAUCAGCCAUGUUGAGGUGUCAAAUUCGCAUCUACCGCGUCUAGUUUGCCGCUUCAACAUUUUGAGUUUACUCGCUUCAUUCGCGCGUGAAAUUCUAGUCAUCAAGACAUUCACGCGGAAAUUCGCGUCAUGGGAGGGGCUUCUGCAACUUCGCUUGCUUCCUGUAAUAACGUCACUACUAGAGCAAGCUCCUGAUUGGUUAACGGGGCACGUUUUUCUGCCAAAGUUAAAAUUGUUCAACUCGCGCGUUUGCCGCGGCAACGCUCAAUUCAUGCUAGUUCGUGCGAAUGAGGUGGAAUCCCGUGUAUCGCGCCGCGCUAAAUGCCUAAUUUGUGCCGCAAGACCUCCAGAUGCGUAUCACUGCGUCUUUACAUUGACUUAACAUUGCGUAACUUCAUAUUUUUAACUUGGACGAAGAUGCGUUUGAGGUGAAUAGCGCGUGUUUUCGCGACAAACGCGCCGCCCAUAUCGCGUCAUUCGCAUCGCCCCACGCGAGUACGCGUCUGAUCGCGUCUUUGCAUUGACUUUGUACGUAAUCUACUCGUGCAAAUCGUUUAACUCUCUUCUGGUGUGAACCCACAGUUAGCCUACCAGAAGUUUGGGCCACAAAAGCCAUUUGUAAAUGUUGCUGCUGAAACCGUCGUCUAUUUCUAUAAGGUUUAGAUUAGACUGGAAAACCAGAUAAAAAUACUACUUUAAAAAUGAUUUUUUUGGGGGGGGGCAGAACUCAUCAGCUCUCUGUGUUCUUGGGCUGCUUUGAACCUCAGAUUUCGCUUCCUAAAAGCCUCCUGAGAUCCCGGGGAGUCUAGAUGAGAUAAAUGAAGGAAAUCUAUAAGCCAGAUCAUGAAACAUUAGUCUGCUGUUACAGUCGUGCUUUUUCCAUUUUUGUAUCUUUAUUCUUUCGUUCGUUUCGCUUUUAAAGUAACAGAUUUUCCUUCUAUAAAUAAUAUUAUCUGUGAAUUUACGAACUUAUAUCUAAUAAGGUUUCUUUUUUACUUUUUCGAGAAAAUACUGUAUUUAAUUCCGUAGAGCACCUCGUGUAAGGUUCGUUUUCCUCGCUUUUGUUCGGUUUUAAAAACCUCGGCCUUUCCCGAGAUUCGCUGUACUGGAUCGAGACUGUUGUCAAAAGCUCAUAUACAAAUAUCUGUGUAUAUAUACCUAUGCUUACCUGUUAAGCCAACAAGCACUGAGAUAGAUGCACCGCCUCUAGACCAUUAGUUUCCUGCUUGUGGAAGUGCACGUGCGUGGCAGCUCAUUGCCACAUAUAUGGCCUGCGUCUGGUGUGCGUGGCGGUCGCGAGAUGAUCUAUGUCUGAAUGUUUCCCGUUCCUGUUAUUUAUACAAUAGAGGCAUUUAAUCUAAGCCAAGGGUUUAAACCUCAGUGUAUUUUAAGUAAUAGCAAGCUUAUAGGCUGUAUUUGUGCCUGAGGCAGUUGUGAGACAUAUUGAUGAUGUUUACCUGAUCAGUCAGGACCUAAUCACUUUUUUUAAAUGUGAUUUUAUGAAGCUAUUCAAAUUUUAUAAAUCACCUGUAUGGCCCUGCUAACAAAACUUUAGAAGUGUAUACUAGCAGGGUAAAAGUAUUAUAAAUGAAAAGAUAUUAAACUUCCUGCUCAGCUGUGUUGAAAUCAGUGGAUUGUGAUUAUAGACUGUUUGAAAUGUGUCAGUAUGAUCGUUAACCUACCCACGUUUUAGUUAAGGUUAAAGUUGCAUGAUUGAAAGCAGGCUAUGAGGGAUAGACAUGCAGUUUCAUUAUUUCAAGAAAUGUUUAUAAAUUCCAGAAAAUGUCAGAUAUUUAUUUCUUCUUAAAGCCAUUAAAUGAAAAGGGAGAAUUUGGCAUCUCCAGUUGAUCUAACUUGCUUGUCUUUGGAUUCUGGGAGGAAACCGGAAUGCCCGGACUAAACCCAUGCUGACACAGGGAUAUCAUUGCUUUGUACCGACCAAUCAGAUUUUAAACAGACUAUCCCUCAGCCUCAUUUUCAUUCACGUAACCUUAAACAUGGUGUCUGCCCUGAUCGAGGUCUAUUAGCUUUGAUCUGUUUCCUCAAAGGAUGAAUAUAUGUUAUUUUCAGGACGUAACCGUAAGACGUCUUCCGUCGCGUGUAACGCGCCUCAGACGUGACACAAGUUAAGUUCUUCCCAGCAAUCAGGAGAUUUACCAUACUCGCGUUUUUUUCUCGCAGACGUUUGCCAAAGAAAAGCGAAAAUAGUCUAAGGGAAAGAAAGUCAGGCUUAAUCCACUGCGCUAAACCAGUGGACCCGUCUUCAGGUUUCAAAUGUAAUUUUAUCAGCACAACUAAUUCUUCUAAUGUUUUCCUCUGUAGUAUCCUGUGCAAAAUGUUGACAACUUUUUAAUGCCUAUUUUAGGAUGACAAUAUUUGCACCUUAAACCCAUACCAAAACACCAUCACCUUCUUUAAGGCAUAGUUCACAAUAAAAUCAGGGUGUCAUUUCUUCACCCACACGAUUUCUUUCCUGUGCGGUUUGCAGAAGUUAACGCUGGGCUUUUUAAAACGUAUAAGUGAACAAGCAACGGAUCUUACGCAAAGCUGUCACAUGACUUUUAAAGACAAAUGUAGUGCAUAGGACUGCAUAUUUCUUGUUAUUUUUGUAGCUGGAUGGUCAUAAUUCCUGGUUCAUUUUGUAUAAAGGAAAGAAGUUUGGACAUCCUACCUAACAUUUCUUCUGCAGACUUCAAAAGGAAGAUUAUUAUUUUUCAAUGAGCUAUCCCUUUAAAGAUUGAUCUUCCCAUCUCGCCAGUGUCCCUCUCAUGAAUGUCAUUUUUAAAGAGAUAGUUCACCCAAAAAUGACAAUUUUGUCCAUUUACCUUAUGUUGUUUUAAACCUGUAUGCAUUAAUUUAUUAUGUUGAACUCAAAAGAAGAUAAAAAACGACAUUGAUUAGUGGUGUGAUGGAUCGCAGACCUAUGGUUUGGCUCGCGUGCGAUUCGCCGAUUAAUAUGCAAAUUUAAAUAGGGAACGUUUAUCAUUUGCACGUGUUUCUAAUGCUUGCAAAUGUUAACAUUUCUAAUGCUUGCAAAUGUUAACAAGUGAUUUAAAACAAUUUACCUGCAAAAAGGUGCUAAAGUGAGAAGAUUUCUGUACGCACAUGCGGUUUAAUGUGUCCGGUCCAGCUCUAGUCAGUAAUAAUCCUGGAUAGAGCAAUAAAAAACAACGUAAGUUUUAUGUGGAGUGACUGUUUAUUAUCUUCCUGAAGCGCCGCUUGGAAUUCGCCCUCCGCCUGUGUGUGUGCAUGCGUUUAAGUGCCCUCAAUAGUGUAUAUACGGAGAGACGUGUUUCAAAAAGUAAGAUCAGUAAUCAUCCUGGAUAGAGCAAUGAAAAACAACGUAAGUUUUAUGUGGAGUGACUGUUUAUUAUCUUCCUGAAGCGCCGUUUGGAAUUCGCCCUCCGCCUGUGUGUGUGCAUGCGUUUAAGUGCCCUAAGUAGUGCAUAUACGGAGAGACGCUUUUCAAAAAGUAAGCCAACAUAAAAUCUUUCUAUUUUUGACAGGGCACAUACACACAAAUUGAUCUCACAGUAUUCUUUUUCUAAUAAAAACAUUUGUUUAUGUCUUAAGUGAAUUAUAGAGUUGGAAACCAGUCUGUGCUUAUUUGUUCUUAAAGAGACAGUAACCUCAAUUAACCUACUUAAGUCUGUAUCAUUAAUGUUAAUCAAACAACCCAAGACAGAGAGAAAAUCAUGUCUGCGGCUCUAAAAAAUAAUAAUAAUAAUAUUUAAUUCGUACAAUAAAGACAGUAUUAUUAUUUAUUUAAUUUGAUUUCUGUACCUAAUGCUAAUUUAAGAAGUUACUUAAUGUGCAACUAUGUUCUUUUUUAUAAAUGUUUGUAAUUUCUUUAUUUAUAAUUAUUACUUUUUUCCAACCCUUUUUUUUAACUGAUCUGAAAAAUGAUCCGAUCCGUGCCUCUAAAACCGUAAUGUGAUCCGAACCGUGAGUUUUGUGAUCCGUCAGCCCUACAGGUGAUGGUACCCAUUGACUUCCAUAGUCAGAGAAACAUACAAAUGGGUACCGCUGAUCAUUUAUCAUAAUAUCUUCUUUUGUGUUCAACAGAAUAAAAAAACACAUACAGGUUUAUAACAACAAUAGGUUGAGUAAAUGAUGACAAAAUUUUCAUUUAUGGCUAAACUAUCCCUUUAACCGACCCCUCGUGUAAAUUGAGAGGGGAAGUUGUUGUAUUUUAACAAAUUGUCAUUGCUAGUGAGAAAUUGAAUGCGUUAAAUGAUAACACCUAGCAUGAUGCAUCUAUAGAUUUUGAUUUAUAUCUAUCCCAUAAUGCCCCUGUCAUGAAGUCCACCACACUUUUUCUAUUAGAAGUUGCCUCUAAGCAAAAUGCCUCUAUUAAAACAGAAAUUCCUAUAUUAGCUAUAAAGAUAUGACCCUUUUGUGCUAGAUUGUCUCUUGAAUGUAAUUUUGUACCUGUAUUUUUCUAAUUCCAAUUCAGUCUUUCUGUAUGCGGUGGCUUUAUAUGGAGAAAUUCUAUCUAGGCUGCUUCUAUAAGUGAAUAAUUUGUAUAAACUUCCAGAUACACACCCUGACCUCUGUAGUGCGCAGUAUACGUUCGGAUCUCAUGAGGGUAACCAUAACACCUUCCUAUGUGACAUCAGCUUUUAGGCUAGAAAUACGCAAUAGCUGCGAUCGCACCUUCCACGAGUUUUUAGUCUUAAUUACCUAAAUAUGCACCCGGCAUAAAUGAUGAUCCUUUACAUGAAUGUAAGUUCAUGGCUUAAGAUGCAGUUGUGGCGUUGUCUCUUUAAAAGCUUACUCUUGAGAUCCUGUUCUGAUUUCUCUGAGGAGUUUAUUCCUCUCGUGUGCUCGAUCUGAUUAUUGUCACUAGUACUGUAUGAUGCAAUGUAUGGAUCUGAUUGUUACAGCCCAGUUGUUGAUGCAGCCUUGCCUUAUUGAACCCCAUGUGUAGAGAGGGAAACCUUCGCCAUUGCCCUUCUCACCCAGUCUUAUGUCAUUACACUGUCUGCUGACGCAAAUGUUAUUCUUUAAACACCUAUUAAAGUAACAUACAUACGAAA